CUUUUGGCCAAGCUGUUACACGAUUGGCUGAAGUUGCUCAUUGACUUGUCAAGGAGUGGGGCCGGCAACGUUUUAUAACACGGAGACGCUCGGGUGCGCUUCGGUGUUUACUAAAACAAACCUGCAGAGUCGCUGGUUCUGAAAUGGUGAGGCAGAAAAGCGGUGGGAUAUUCUGGAGGAAACGUAAAUGAUUCGAAGGAAUUAGAGGAAGAAAUGGACGCCAAAGGAGAUAAUAAACACCAGAAGAGGGCAGUAAUGAGUCGCAUGGCUCUCGUUCCGUAUGUAGAAAGCUCGUUACCCGCGCUUUCCAAACUCCACAGUUCAUCAGCACAGUUUCGUUUCGCCAACCGCGACCUCCGUCUGUCCCAGGACUGGAAAAAGCUCGGGGUGGCAGCAGUCGUGUGGGAUGCAGCAAUUGUCAUGUGCAUGUACCUGGAGCUGAGGAAGGUGGAGUUAAAGGGGAAGGUGGCAAUUGAACUGGGAGCUGGAACUGGACUGGUGGGGAUUGUAGCGGCCCUGCUGGGUGCCAAAGUGACCAUCACUGACAGAGAGCCUGCCCUGGACUUCCUCUCUGCCAAUGUGAAGGCCAACCUGCCCCCAGACUCGCGGGGAUCGGUGACUGUGUCUGAGCUGACCUGGGGUGAGAGCCUCGAACUUUACCCAGCUGGGGGAUUCGAUCUGGUGCUGGGAGCAGACAUCGUUUACCUGGAGGACACAUUCGUGCCGCUGCUGCAGACUCUGGAGCACCUGUGUUCAGACACCGCCCUGUUGUUACUGGCCUGCAAGAUCCGCUACGAGCGAGAUACAAACUUUCUGAGCAUGCUCAAGCAGCGGUUCAGCGUUGAAGAGGUCUACUAUGACAAACAAAGAGACAUCCAUAUAUAUAAAGCUUGGAAACUGCCACCCAGGGGGGAUUUGUGACAGUCUGCCUUCUUCUUUGUACUAAUUUACCGCUUUUGCAUAAGAAUUCAAUCAAACUUUUUAAAAAUCAUCAAAGAUUACCAGAAACACAUUUAUUACCAGCUGCCAAAAAUGUAAUAUUUGAAUAGCUCUGACAUAAUGAACUGUAUUAUACAAGUUGGUGCUGACGUUUAGAAAUUGUGAAUACAAAAUUCAUGAAAAGCAACAUAAAAAA